AGCUAGAGUUCAGGUCAGGUGAUCUAAAUCCAGACUGGGCUCUAAACCUCUCUGCAUACUGGCCCCCAGCGAGUGAGACCAUGCUCCAACAGCCCCGGUCCCAUACAACCAGGUGGGGCAUGCCCAGGGCUGCUGAGGGGGACCAGGGACUGACGCCAAGCAAGCCAACACCCUGUAACCCAGGGGGAGGAUGCCUGGGCCUCUCGGGGUUUGGUUGCCCAUUCUGGACAGGAGCCAGAGAAGAGGGAUAAGGUGGCACCUCACGGGGCGUGAAGCUGACUCUUGCUAGGACAACAAGGCUGGGGUCAGAUCACAAUUGCAUGGAGAUGGGAACCAGUGUCCCAAAAUCUGGGCCUGAGAGGCUAAAUCUUCCCCAACCAGUGUGUAGGGGAGGUUAUACUCAAACUGGUGUGCUGUCAUAAGAAGGUUACCAACCACUGAUUAGUAGACAGGCGUGCUCUGGACAUUUGUACAGGUUUCUCACUGCACAAAGCUGCCCAGCUAAGACACACCUGAAAUCCAGCCUGUUCUCCAGUUGCCAGGACCAAGUAUGGGGCUGCAUCUGUCCAAACGAGGAGGAACUUUGCUCCAAUUCGCACAUAGGUGACUUACAGGCUAGCAGUCACCAGGUGUCCUGAUACUGCAAUAUAUACGGAUAGACUGGGGCUUUGGGUAGGACCCCUGCAAGCAGGAGCAGCCUUGGGUAUCCAGGCAGUUCUUAUUCACACCUCUGCCUGGGAGGGAGAGAAAAAGAUUCUCCUGGCUCUCUCCCUGCUGAGCACAGGGGAUGUGCCGAGACGCCACCUGCACGUAUGUAUCCAUAUAUGUACAUGCAGCCUGGUCAGCGAUUCCCACUGAUCUGCCACCAAGAGUACCAACUGGUGCUGGAGCCCCAAGACCUGGACGGGAGCAGGGUGGAGGAUUAGGCUGGACACCCACACCAGUGGUGGACACUUCUGUGUCCUGCUUAAGACCGACUGGAGCCAAUGCUCUCUCCGUCCAGGCACUAACACCAUGACCACAUGAUGCCUGACCCCAGAAGGCCUCUAGAAGUCUGUGCCCAGAAUUGGGGGUAUAUUGGACCCUUUGGGUACCACAACUGAUACCCUCUCAGCCCAUUUUUUCUCUAGCCAUCGCAGAGGCACCAGCUUCCUGCUUGAGUACCUGACAGCCCUUUGCCUCAGCUGCUCUGUGGAGUUCUCCCUGUCUUCCAGAGAGCGUCUUUGACAUUCUUGGCAUGGCUUGCCCAGGAGAAGCUGCCUGGUUCCAGCAGGACAGAGCCCAAGUUAUCCACCGAGGUGAUCAGCUUGAUGACACAACUUGUGUUGGCUUUCCCUCCUUCCCAGAUUCAUUCUUCCCACUCCCUCACCUGCUCCUGGGAUUUUCCCAAAAUAAACUACCUGCAUGUGAGCAUCAAGUUGGCACUAUGGCAAGGCUGGGAGACUGCGGCCUGAUUAGAGCUGCCCUGAUCAUCCUGCUGCUCCCCAGAAGCCUGGAGGAGUGCGGGCACAUCAGCCUCUCAGCCCCCAUCGUCCGCCUGGGGGAUUCUGUCACAGCCUCCUGCGUCAUCAACCAGAACUGCAGUCGCCCGGGCCUGGAUUCACAGAUUCUGUGGAAACUGGGAGCAGAGCUGCAACCUGGGGGGAGGCAGCAGCACCUGCCUGAUGGAACCCAGGAAUCUACCAUCACCUUGCCCCACUUCAACCAUACUCAGGCCUUUCUUUCCUGCUGCCUGACCUGGGGCAACAGCCUGCAAAUCCUGGACCAGGCUGAGCUGCGAGCAGGCUACCCCCCUGCCGUACCCCACAACCUGUCCUGCCUAAUGAACCUCACAACAUACAGCCUCACCUGCCAGUGGGAGCCAGGACCAGAGACCCACCUGCCCACCAGCUUCACCCUAAAGAGCUUCCAGAGCUGUCAGACCCAAAAGGACUCCAUCUCGGACUGUGUGGCCGAAGACGGGCAGAGUCACUGCUCCAUUCUACGCAAACACCUGACCUUGUACCAGAAAAUGGGCAUCCGGGUGCAGGCAGAGAAUGCACUGGGGACCAGUGUGUCCCCGCAGCUGUGCCUUGAUCCCAUGGAUGUUGUGAAACUGGAGCCCCCCAUGCUGUGGACCGUGGACCCCAGCCAUGAGGCGGCCCCGCCCCAGCCAGGCUGCCUAGGGCUGCACUGGGAGCCCUGGAAACCCAGCCUGCACAUUAGCCAGAAGUGUGAGCUGCGCCACCAGCCGCAGCUUGGAGACGCCAACUGGACGCUGGAGGGCCCCCUGCCCGCCGAGACCCUUCAGUAUGAGCUCUGCGGGCUCCUCCCAGCCACAGCCUACACCCUGCAGAUGCGCUGCGUCCGCUGGCCCCUGCCUGGCCACUGGAGCAACUGGAGCCCCAGCCUGAAGCUGAGAACCACCGAACAGGUCCCCAUCGUCAGACUGCGUGCGUGGUCACGGCAGAGGACACUGGACAACAGGAUGAUGGAUGUGCAGCUGUUCUGGAAGCCGAUGCCCCUGGAGGAAAACAGUGGCCAGAUCCAAGGGUACCUGGUCUCCUGGAGACCCUCAGGCCAGGCUGGGGCAGUCCUGCCCCUCUGCAACACCACGGCGCUAAGCUGCACCUUCCACCUGCCUUCGGAAGCCCGGGAGGUGGCCCUUGUGGCCUAUAACCCAGCUGGGACCUCUCAUCCCACCCCAGUGGUCUUCCUGGACAGCAGAGGCCCACCCCUGACCAGACUCUACACCAUGGCCCAAGACCCUCACAGCCUCUGGGUGGGCUGGGAGUGCCCCAACCCACAGCCUGAAGGCUAUGUGAUUGAGUGGGACCUGAGUCCCCCCAGCCCCAGGGAUGGCAACAAAACCUGGAGGAUGGAGUAUAACGGGAGCAUCACGGGGACUCUGCUGAGAGAGAACAUCAGGCCCUUUCAGCUCUACAAGAUCUCUGUGACUCCCCUAUAUGAGGACACCAUGGGACCCGCUGAGCACAUCUAUGCCUACUCCCAAGAGAUGGCCCCGUCCCGAGCCCCAGAGCUGCAUCUAAAGCACAUUGGCAAGACCUGGGCACAGCUGGAGUGGGUACCCGAGCCCCCUGAGCUGGGGAAGAGCCCCCUUACCCACUACACCAUCUUCUGGACCAACACUCAGAACCAGUCCUUCUCCACCAUCCUGAACGCCUCCUCCCGUGGCUUUGUCCUCCAUGACCUGGAGCCCGGCAGUUUGUAUCACAUCCACCUCAUGGCCACCAGCCAGGCUGGGGCCACCAACAGUACAGGCCUCACCCUGAUGACCUUGGCCCUAGAGGGGUCUGAGCUACCCAUCCUCCUGGGCCUGUUCGUUCUCAUGUUCUCGGUCAUCUGCUUCUGUGGGACUGCCUGCCUCUGCUGCAAACCCAGCAGAAAGAAUUCCCUCUGGCCAAGUGUCCCAGACCCAGCUCACAGCAGCCUGGGCUCCUGGGUGCCCACCACCAUGGAGGAGGAGACCUUCCAGCUGCCCAGCCUUUGGGACUCUGGCAUGCCACCCAUCACCAAGAUCACGGUGCUAGAAGAGGAAGAGAAGAAGCUGGGGCCCUGGGAGUCCAAUGACAGCUCAGGGAUCUGCCUCCCCACCCUGGUCCAGACCUAUGUGCUCCAAGGGGACCCAAAAACAGCUUCUACCCAGCCACAGCCCCAGUCUGGCACCAGCGACCAGGUCCUUUAUGGGCAGGUGCUGGGCAGCCCCACAGGCCCAGGACACUACCUCCGCAGUGACUCUACUCAGCCCCUUUUGGGGGGCCUCACCCCCAGCCCCAAGUGCUAUGAGAACCUCUGGUUCCAGACCAGCCCCCUGAGGUCCCCCAUAUCCUCAGUCCCAAGCCAGGAGGACGACUGUGUCUUUGGGCCACUGCUAGACUUCCCCCUCCUGCAGGGGCUCCGGGUCCAUGGGGAGGAGGGACUGGGGGGCUUCUAGGACUUCCUGGGACUCCCAACCUGGGCCUGCCUCUUGAAAGGCCUGAGCUAUCCAGAGGAGAGGAGAGGGUCAGUAAGCCCAUCACUAAAAUCUACCCCAGCCCCAGGAAAGGCAGAGGUUCCCUGUCUCUCCCAAUCUCCAGUCCCCAGUAUCCCUCCCUGUCCCCCCACUCUCCAUAGGAUGGGCCUCCCAGGCAACCUGCAUACUUUGAGACUCAGACAAUGCUCUGUCCAGCACCACCCACUGGCCUUUUGUGCUUGUUUCCAAUAAUUUCAGUCUCUUAAACUGGUUUUUGGUUUGUG